UUUCACUGGUUCCGUUCCCCCGUCACUCUCGAAUGCCUCCAGAUUGGUGGCUUUAGAAAUGUUGAACUGCUCCAUGCAACUGAUUCGCUUAGCGAGAGUAAUCUGAUUGGUUCUGGAAGUUUUGGCUCUGUCUACAAAGGCGUUCUCAGAAGUGAAACUGCCAUUGCAGUUAAAGUGUUCAAUCUGCAACUGGAAGCGGCAUUCAAGAGUUUUGAUACAGAAUGUGAAGUUUUGUGCAGCCUUCGCCACAGGAAUCUCGUGAAAGUCAUCACUAGUUGCUCCAACCUGGAUUUUAAGGCUUUAGUGCUCGACUAUAUGCCUAAUGGAAGUCUUGACAAGUAUUUGUAUUCGCACAACUACUUCCUAGAUAUCUGCCAGAGACUAAGCAUUAUGAUAGAUGUGGCAUGUGCUUUGGAAUAUCUUCACCACGGAUGCUCCUCGCCCGUGAUUCACUGUGAUAUAAAGCCCAGUAACAUCUUGUUGGAUGAGGAUAUGGUUGCUCACCUAAGUGACUUUGGUAUUUCAAAACUGCUUGGUGAAGACGAGAGUGAUUUAUACACAAAAACCUUAGCAACAUUUGGUUAUAUUGCACCGGAGUAUGGACUGGAUGGACUGGUGUCAAUAAAAUGUGAUGUCUACAGUUACGGGAUUAUGUUGCUGGAAACAUUUACCAGGAGAAAGCCUAGUGAGUUUGAGGGAGAUCUUAGCUUGAAGCAAUGGGUGAGUUAUUCACUCCCAGAGGCAGUAAUGAACGUUGUAGAUGCCAAUUUGGUAACACCAAUGGAUCAUCGCUUACAGAAGAAGCUAGAUGUUGUGGCAUCAAUCAUGAAAGUGGCAUUGGAUUGUUGUGCUGAAUCUCCGGCAACAAGGACAAACAUGAAAGAUGUUGUAGGGAUGCUACAGAAGAUCAUGAUUCAACUUCUUGCACGCUGAGCAUGUUAUCGAAUCUCUUUUUCCAAAUUGAUUGCUUGUUUGUUUUAUGGGAAGAAUAUUGCUUUUUUUGUUUUAGCAUUUUGAUUCUGUUUUCAGAAAUGCUAGUUGGUUGCAAUAAA